CGGCGGCGGCGGCAGUAUCCCGGGCAGAGUUUUAAUCAGCGGCGGCGGCGCGGAGAGCAGAGCAGAGCCGGGGGAUGGCUGCCUCGACUCACCGCCCAGAGCCCUACGGACCUCCCUCUCCCACAGGCGGGCACUUAUGAAGCGCAGAGCGGCGGAGAGCAGCGGAGGAGUGCGGGGACAGCGCGCGGUCAGCUCCUGAGAGGAGAAUUUACCGGAUAAAGAGGAGAACAGGGCGAGAGCGGGACGCGUAACGGUCAACUUCACACCUAGAACAAGUUGUGUCUGAGAGCCAGUGGAGCCGUUUAUUUGGAGAUAAUGUGUUUGAUCAGUGUUUACGCUGCUCCUUAUCUCGCUUUAUAUACUGAUUUCUGAAGAUAAAGACCCGUAUUCAUGCAUAUAUAUCCAUGGAGCUGUUCUUUCCCCUGUAAGAAACUGUGGAGAGCUCCAAUUUGAACCCCAACAGCAAGAAAACCAGCGAAAAGUCCAACCACCAUGAUGAAAUUUCACAAUUCAGACCUGUGGAUUGCUUGGCUGGUGCUCUCCUGUGUGGAAGUGUGUGUGCACUCGUUAGAGGUGACGGUACGUCAAAGCAGUGUGCAGGUAGCCAGGGGCCAGGCGGCCAUCUUGCCCUGCACCUUCACCACCAGCGCUGCCCUCAACAACCUCUACAUCAUCUGGAUGGUCACACCGCUGGCUAACGCUAACCAGCCAGAGCAGGUGAUCAUCUACCAGGGCGGUCAGGUGUUCAGCUUAGCCAAUCACAUGAAUGGGAGGGUGGGCUUCGUGUCCACCAUGCCCAGCACAAGUGCCUCAAUCUUCAUCAACAACACGCAGCUGUCCGACACGGGUACCUACCAGUGCCUGGUCAACAACCUGCCGGACCGGGGAGGCCGCAACAUCGGCGUCAUCGGCCUGACCGUGCUCGUGCCCCCCUCAGUGCCGACGUGUCGGGUGCAGGGGUCUCUGGAUGUGGGCAGUGAUGUGAUGCUGCUGUGUGGCUCUGAGGAGGGGAUCCCCACCCCCACCUACUCCUGGGAGAAGCUGGAAUCCAUCCCCAAACUGCCUCACACCGCCAUGCAAGAUCAGAUGCAGGGGACGGUGACGUUACGCAACAUCAGCACCACCACGUCCGGGCUGUACCAGUGCACCGCCUCCAACGCCAUCGGCAAGAGCACCUGCGUGCUCAACCUGCAAGUGGUGGCACCUCAGCCCCAGAGCGUGGGCCUCAUCGCCGGGACCAUUGCCACCGCCGUCCUGGCUGUGGUGAUCUGCUCACUGCUGGUGGUGGUCAGUCUCUUCUACUGGAGGAACAAGAACAGAUACGAAGAAGAUGAGAUCCCCAACGAGAUCAGAGAGGACGACCUUCCUCCUAAAAGGUCUUCGUCAGUGAAGGCCUUCCACGCCGACGCCUCGUCCUCGGAGAACGACACGCUGACCUCCACCAACACCUACAACAGCCGCUACUGGCACAACCCCAAGCCCAACUACGACACCAACUCCUACACGCGCUACAACGGCGACACGCGGCAGACCUUCACAGCCGGCGGCGGCAGCGGGGGAGGGCACAGCGGCGGUGGCCCCGCCCCUCCUCGUGCCCCCGCCUACGCCAACGGCAGCCACACCCUUCCGCCACCCAAAACUUUGGUGGUCACCACCAACUCUGCACCGUCCCCGCCUGCCAUGACCCGCAGCAACGGCUCCCUCAGCCUGCGACCGCCGGCGACCGUCACCACGGCACCCGCCACGUCUCACGGCCCGCACGCGCAUACGCACACGCACUCGUACGCCGUGAGCCAGGCCACGCUGGAGCGCAUGGGCGCCGUGCCAGUCAUGGUGCCCACCCAGAGUCGGGCUGGAUCGCUCGUCUAGCAAAAUGAUUAAAACAAACGUACGGAAGAGACGUACAUACAUACCGUACAUUACGUACAUCACGUACAUCACGUACGUUACGAUUUUAUGAGAGUUCGUCCAAUGCCAACUGUCUGGUCCACUACUGAGCAGCACCUAGUGUACUUCUCCUGACUUUUCGCUCUGUGUGUUCUUCUACGUCGGCGGAUUAGCAAUAAAAGCGGCCAUCCCAGAGGCUGAAACGUGGCCAACGAGCCACGUCACCCUUUCUAAUAUAGCAAUCGCGGACGGCGGCGACCCUUUGGAGAACGCUGGGAACUUUGCUCUGAAGUUCUUCGGUCAGAAAACCUUCUGGAAGUGCAUGUCUGUCUGAGAGGAGCACAUCUUUUUUAGUUUUCAUCCUCCACCGUUUGUACUCCUCCGUCACUCGGUAGUCUAAAAGAAAGGUCCUGGAACGUCUUUGGAUCUUUGGGUCUUUGGGUCUUUGGGUCUUUGGGCCUUUGGGCCUUUGGGUCAAGCUGAGCGCACAUGUCUUAAAAUAAUGCUGGCGGGUGGGCUGGCCCAUUUAUUUUUUCGUUUUUUCGCCCAUCUGAAGUUGAAGGACGUUUUUUGAAAGUUUUUAAACACUUUUUUUUUACUUUACUUUACUUUAUUUUCUGCGAAGGUUAUGUUAGUGUGAAGCAGUUUGAAGCAGCUGUGUGGUAAUGCAUAGCUAUUUAGCUUUAACACAUAGUUUUAACACAUUCAUUUUCACUAAAUGUUUUAUUUUUUUUCCACUGAUUUAUUUUAUACAUUUCAACAUUUACUAAUAACUCUGGGGUUAAAACUGUGUAAACAGAGUGUGUAUUCAGAGUGGAGGGUUGGUGUGAUAUUGUGGCUGACAUUAGAGAAAUGUACUGACUCGCUGAUUGAUUUAGUCAGUGUUGGUUCUACAACUUUUAUCAUUAAUUAUUCAGAUAUCUUUAAAAAUUGGUGAAAAAUCAGAGGAGAAAAAAUGAUGUAAACACAUCCAAGCCACAACAAAAAAAACUGUGAUUAUUAUUUACAAAUUAAAAAAUCUCAGUUCUAAAUGAUGUAUAGUCCAAAACUAGGCUUAAUCCCUUUCUAGAAAAUGUAAAGGAACAGCUCUACAAAAAAAUAAAAAAGUGAAAUUAACUUGAUUGAUUGAUCACAAAUCCUAAAUGCAGUUAACCAGCUAAAAUACACUAUAUGGGAAAAAACGUCCAAUUAGAAAUCCAUAGCCAUUAGUGUGGAGUCGGUCCCUUUAAUUUAUAGCCGUGAUUUAAAGAGACAGCGUAAGUACACAAUUUGUAGCCACAAUUUAGCAACAAGCAGUAAGCAAUAAGCAAAAAGGCUACAAAUCGACAAGCAACAAAUCGAGAUAAUAUUUUCUCAACCUUGUGCAAAAUCAUUUUUAAUUAAUAAUUAUUUGCACAAAUAAAAUACACUCUAUGGACAAAAGUAUUGGGGCGUAUAUAUUACAAAUACAGGAGCUUUUAUUUCUGACAUCCAAUUCAAAAUCCUCAAAGUCAUUAGUGUGGAGUCGGUCCCCCUUUGCUGUUACAACAGUUUCCGCUCUCCUUGGAUCAGUUUCUUCGAGAUUUUAGUGGUUUUCAGUUAAACCACUCACUGUUGAUGUUGAUUUUUCAACUAACUGUUCCUUUAAAUGCUAAAAACUGACAAACCCAGUUUAUUUCUCACAAUCGUUCUGAAGAGAAGACCCCCUAAUCGUUUGAUGAGCGUAUGAACGACUGUUAAUGUAGAAAAAAAAAAGUGGAAAAGAAGUCUAAGAUGAGUCUAAAAUGCCUCGGUUUCAGUUUCUUGCUUGGCUACCAAUGCUUCUUUGUUCUUUAUUGUUUGCACUGGAUUAUUUUUUAUCUCAUAUUCUUGAUUAUUUUACUUUCUAAUCUAAUUUUAUUCGAAACUAAAGUGAGUCUUAUUCAACACGGUCUUACAGACUUUACCCCUAAUCCAAUACUACUGAUAACAUAGCCAUAGCCUACCUCUAAACACAAAUACAUCAAAUAAAAUAGCGUACACGUAGAUCAUUUUAUGAAAUUAAUCUUUUCUUUUCUUCUUCUUGGCGUGACGGAGAUUAUAAGAGUAUGAAUUAUUUAUUUUAAACCUUAACCAAACACUGGACUAAUGAGAAAAUAUCAGUAAUUAUUAUUAUUAUACAGAAUCCAAUACAGUUAGGUGCUACACUGCUACAGUCAAGCAGAGGCGUACUGACCCCUACCACAACAAUUUUACUAAAAAAAAAAAGUUUUGAAUUAUUAACAUUAACUCUUUAUUUUAAUGAUUUGUUUUUGCUUGUUUUGUUUGUUUUUUUUACUGUAAAUAUUGUAAGUACCUGUAGUAUAGAAUUGAAAUUAAAUCAUUCUUUUGCCCAA